GGAAGCCGAUGCGCUUCCACUCUGGCUCUGUUUUGUCGGAGCGAGUCGAAAAUCCGCCGAGCCGCCAUUUUCCUCACCGUCCGUCCCUGUGACACAACAACAAUAAAAAGCAGGAGAAAUGGAGCAGUGACGGGCUAAAGCCGAGCCGCAGAGCCGCCACACGCCGGACUGUAACUCACACUCACCGUGAGCCCGUCGAUCACUGGAUUAUGGUCUGAUUCCUUUCGGCCUUUGUGCGAUCUCGCUUCUCUGCGCCCAUUUCGCGAUCCAAAAACGCGCCGCUGCGCCUUUUACUGCGGAUUUAGCGCACACCUGGAUCUCCUGCGCAUUCAACCGGAUUGUUUCUCAUCUAACCCUCGUCUGAACAUCUGGAUCGUUGUUUUUUUUUUUUUUUUGCCUCCUGUAAUCCUCAAACUGGAGAUUUAUUAGUGAAAUAAACCCCCUCCCGGAAUCACGUGCAGGUCGUCCUGUGGCGUGACGGCAGGUGGGAGGCGUGGCUCUGGUCUCGGCCCCCUCGCGGCGCUGAAUGGCUGCGAUGGCGCCCGCGCUGACCGACGCGCCGGCCGACACUCACCGAAUCCGCUUCAAACUGGCUCCGUCCUCCUCCGCCCUCAACGCCAGCGCUGUGGAGGGCAACGGCACCAACGGCCGCCUCCUCGUCUCCACUAACGGCGCGGUCAAGCGCAAAUCCACGUCCGAAGACGAGGCCCGCCUGUCCUGCAAGGCCGGCACCCUCAAACAGGAGGAAUCGGGGCGGGACCUGGGCAAAAUCCAGCAGUUUGUGACGUCGUACCGGUGCUCGGAUGAGUCGCUGAAGUUGCAGAACGUCCUUGGGAUCUUGCCCAGCUUCUUACCACGCAAGCAUCAAACCUUGGAGCUGUCAGAGGAACAAUUAAAGAGCAUCAUGAGUGCUGGGAAUGGAAACGGGACCGGGCCGUGUGGGCAACAGGGUGCCCAUGUUAAUGUAAACGGCAUGGCUAGGAAAUUGACUAAAUCAAGUAAAGACAGCAAUGGCGUGACCUUAAACGGGGGCAAACACGGACAGGAAUCACUUCCUUACACCGCUGGGAGAGUAACAGGAAACGGGCCCCUUCGAGGUGCCACAGAGGAGCACCAGUGCACUAGAGACGUCUCUCGGGACUGUCCCAAUAACCAAGAAAUCCCAGAAUCCCCUGCACUUUUUCAACCCUCAUUUGCAGCACCUACAGAUUCUCAACAGCACAUCUCCGACGUCGCGCACAGCUUGCCGUCUGUCAGCGCGGAGAUUUCGGUCCCUUCGCCUUCCGCGCUUCAGCUAGGAAGCCCGGGAGGUAACCUGCUGGAUCGGACGCAUCAAGUCGAGAGCCGGCAGUUCGAGAUCGAGGGGCGUCUACGCCGCCUGCGGAAGCGACUCCAGGUGGUGCAGGCCAAGCAGGUGGAGCGACACGUGCAGCACCAGCUGGGCGGAUUACUCCAGGGCGCGCUGGAACCCUCGCGAGACAGCCGGGUCUCUCGGGAGAGAGCCGAAGCGAGCCGCUUCCUGAAGGGCGGCUCGGUACCGGCUCAGCUGGAGCAGCUCUCGAUAAGCGGCAGCACGAACCUCAAGGCGGCGGAAAGCGCCUUCGAUUCGGAUGCCACCGAGAGCAGCUCGGGGGGAGAGACGGACGUGGAGGAGGACGAACUCGCCAGGGCCGACGUGGAGCAGCGCCACUUCCCUCUGUGGAGAAGAGCUGAGGGGCGUUAUGCCGUGGAGCGAGCCUCCAUCAUCAGUCACUGGAACUGGCUGCAGGCUCACGUCUCUGACCUGGAAUAUCGGAUCCGCCAACACACCGACAUCUACCGCCACAUCUGCACCAACAAGGGUGCUGUGGUCCUUGGUGAAAGCUCAGUAUUUGAAUCAGGAACAACCUGUCCACAGGUGCAUGAUGCUGGCGGGACAGAAGGCCCUGGGUCAGUCCACGGUGUUUCCAUGGAGACGAGCCUGAGGAAAGGUUACUCGCCCGUCCGACAUGUUAAUGGAGUCAUCAACAGCCUGCGCUGCGGUUCUCCCGGCGUGUCAGAUCAGCAGAGGCCGAGUGCGGCAGCGUCAGACCCGAGCUGUGUGGCAGCUCGAACACGACCCCUCAUCUCAUGCAGGAGGAGGCGCCUUGUGAGACCCGCCGCCCUGCCGAAUCUCAACAGCAAGGUUCCUCUGGGCUUGGCGUGUGGCUGUGACAUCACUACACAGUGUGUAAUGUGUGUUCGUGCCCUUUCUUCUGCACACACUCAGUACCAGCUCCCCCUGCUGGACAGACAGGCUCAGCUCGACACGUCUGUCCACCCUGUUCUUUCCUUCACUGACGAUGUUGGAGUUGGUCUGCACCUACAGCGAGUGAUGAAGUGCCACUGGCAGGGCCGGCCGCUGGACAAGAUCAAACCCAUCAAAAAGCUUUCGCUCAAACGCAAGCCGUUCAUCAGCAGUCGUCUCUCUGACCUUUCAUCCUCCUCCUCCUCUUCUUCCAAAGAUAAACUCAAGCUGGGCAGCUCGCUCAUCUCUACAGUCCGUUUCUCCCAUCACAAAGUGAGAUCAGAGAAGCUGUUUUGGCAGCAGCAGCAACAUCAGCAGCAGCAACAGCAAAGUGACAGCGAGACUCAGCAGCACUACAGAUCAGAGCGCGGUCACACCCGCAAGAGACCCCGCGAACACUCACAAGAGCAAUCAGACAAUGUGAGUAAGGUAUACAUGGAGGUGGCGAGUCCCAGUUCAACUCUUGCCAUGCCCACUUUCAGUCCUGUAGUCCGACAGUUAUCAUCCUCCGAAAGCCCCACAGCCUGCAGCCUUACCAACACCACACCGCAGUCUGCACAGCGCAAGAGGAGAGGCGACAGUCCAUUCGACAUCAACAACAUCGUCAUCCCUAUGUCUGUGGCAGCCACCACCAGAGUGGAGAAACUGCAGUACAAAGAAAUCCUUACACCCAGUUGGAGGGAGGUAAACAUCACAGCCACUCCGCUGUGUGAGGAGGAGAACAGUGUGGAGAUUGAAGAUCUGUCAGACACUGCGUUCUCUCAGCUGCAUCUUCCGCUUCAGGAGCAGGAACGUUCACGCUGGAGCUGGACGUCUAGCUCCAUUGCCAAGAGGCGGGGCAGUCGGUCGUACAAGUCGUUGGAUGGACGCAGUACUCCACUGUUAGGCGGGACGACGCCCUCCACACCUCAGCCUUCCUCUCCUGACCCCGCCCACUUCACUCUGCUGCAGGAUUACAGCUCUGCCCCGUCACCUUCACCCUCCAGUCCCGCCAGCCCUGACCUGCCCAUGCUGUCCCACACACACACCCCAGCCCCCAGAGACUCGCAGCGAUUCGUGUCCAGUGAGGACACACGUUGUUCCACGCCUGACACCAGCUACGACGAGACGCCUGUACAACCAUGGGAGCAUCGCACUUUUCCUCUGGAUGCAGAACCAGAGCAGGAGCUCGAUCACCACGUCAGCCCGAGCGUGGAGCGGCCCGGUCGAAGCGCCAGACGAAUCUCGGGCUGCAGAAGCAGCACCCGGUCCGAGUGCGACGGGGAGCCUCCGUCGCCACUGCCUGAAGAUACCGGCAAGCACAAAAGCCACCCACACAAACACGGCCACUGAUGGACCCCUGAAACCCGCCUCCAGCUCCACCAGCUUUCAACCGCACCAACGCUUUACAGAGCAGAAUAAACCUCCUGCUGUUUGAUAUUCAAACAUCAGUUAAUUCUUUCACAGUUUUUAGUGAAUUGGUGAGUUGAAGAUUGAUAACCAGUAGAGACUCGUGUUCAUCCUUUACGUUCUCUUAGCUUCUUUGUUUUCGGCUCACUUGGAAAUUCGAUGGUGGCUAAAGAGCUAUUUAAACCAUGAGAGAAGGAGAUGAAGUCUUGGUGGUGUCCCAAAUCGCUGAUGUGCACUUGCUUCGACUCGGAACAGACUGAACAGACUGUAGUGGUUAUCGCACAGCAGUGGGUUGACCGCAAGCUUCCUGUUAAUUUAAUUACAACCCCAACGACGUAAAUUCACAGAUUAAUGCGCACAAAUUUUGUUGUUGAUUGUUUUAGCACUUUUGUUUUUUUACUUUCUAUUUCUCAUUCUUGGCUACUGCAUUUCAAAACAGUCAUGCUAACAUAAUGAUGCAGGGUCAGCUUUAAUAAAAAAUCUUACACAAUAUUCUGACUUUAAACCAAAUCUAGUCGGUCAGCAAAGACAUGUUUGGUGUCCAACGUCCUUGCAUGCACUGCAACUACUAGCUCUUUCUUUCUUUCUUUAGUAAUAAAUACGCUGUCCAAAGCUUAUUAUAUUUUUCUUAUAUAUUUUUUAUUGUAAAUAAUUGCUUUAAAAAUUUAAAUUCACCCCAUUUCCAAAAAUAAAUAUAUAAAUAAAUAAGCAGAACACAAUAACAGUGUUUGGCCUUGUUUCUUGAUUUCAGUUUGAACUAGGACUAUAGUAGUGAACUGCACCUAAAACUAUGAAAACAUAACAAACCUACACCAACAAAUGCUGGGAAAAAAACUAGAAAUAAUAGAAAAUAAUAAAGUAAGGGCCGCUCAGGUGGCGCAGCGGUUAAAACACACGCUGGAACCAGAGCUGGGAUCUGGAAUACAUCGUAUCGAAUCUCAGCUCUGCCUAAAGGCUAAGGCUGAGCGGCCACAUGAACAACGAUUGGCCUGUUGGCCAACGAUUGAUGGCGCCUGCACAGAG